AUGGCCUACCAAGGAGGCAGUGGCUACAACGACGGCCAGCGCCUGCAUGACUUGCCUCACGAACAUCAAUCCUAUCAUCAGCCCCCACACCACGACAGCGACGACGAGCAGGAGCGCUCCCUGUUGCAUUCCAACCCCACCGGUCCUUUCCAGGGCCCCUUCGACGAGCCCACAAGCCGCGCUGGCACUCCAGGUGGCCACGACCCAAAGGCAUACAGCUUGGAAGAGUCUUACGUGGGCGCUGGAGGACACCCAGCUCCAGCAUACAAUGGCUACCAAGAGUACAGCGGCGUGACUCUGGAAGACCCAGGCUACGGCGGACCUGACCGUGUCCCCAGCCCUUACUCGAGAAGCGAGACUGGCAGCACUGAGGCAUGGAGACAGCGACAACAACCCGGCGGCGCAGGUGCUGCCGGGGGCCUGAAGCGAAAUGCCACGCGUAAGGUCAAGCUUGUCCAGGGUGCAGUCCUGAGCGCAGACUAUCCAGUACCAUCAGCCAUCCAGAAUGCCGUACAGGCCAAGUACAGAAAUGACUUGGAGAGCGGUAGUGAGGAGUUCACACACUUGCGGUAUACCGCAGCCACGUGCGACCCCAACGACUUCACGCUGAAGAACGGCUACAACCUCAGACCAGCCAUGUACAACAGACAUACUGAGCUGCUGAUCGCCGUCACCUACUACAAUGAGGAUAAGACGCUGACGGCACGUACGCUGCAUGGCGUGAUGCAGAACAUCCGCGACAUCGUCAACAUCAAGAAAUCGGAAUUCUGGAACAAGGGAGGCCCUGCGUGGCAGAAGAUCGUUGUGUGCAUGGUCUUCGAUGGAAUCGACCCUUGCGACAAGGGUACGCUCGAUGUGCUGGCCACCAUCGGUAUCUACCAGGACGGUAUCAUGAAGAGGGACAUUGACGGAAAGGAGACGGUCGCACAUAUCUUUGAGUACACCACACAGCUGUCGGUCACGGCCAACCAGCAGCUCAUUCGGCCAUUGGACGAUGGCCCAUCCACUCUCCCGCCAGUGCAGAUGAUGUUCUGUCUGAAGCAGAAGAACAGCAAGAAGAUCAAUUCUCACAGAUGGCUCUUCACUGCUUUUGGUCGCAUCCUCAACCCGGAGGUCUGCAUCCUGCUCGACGCCGGUACCAAGCCAGGCCACAAGGCUCUACUCGCUCUUUGGGAGGCCUUCUACAACGACAAAGACCUCGGAGGUGCUUGUGGUGAGAUUCACGCACUGCUUGGCAAAGGCUGGAAGAACCUACUCAAUCCUCUGGUCGCCAUCCAAAACUUCGAGUACAAGAUCUCCAAUAUCCUGGAUAAGCCGCUGGAGUCGUCUUUCGGCUACGUGUCCGUGCUUCCAGGUGCCUUCUCCGCCUACAGAUUCCGUGCCAUCAUGGGUCGACCCCUGGAGCAGUACUUCCACGGUGACCACACACUUUCGAAACAGCUCGGUCCUAAGGGUAUCGAGGGGAUGAACAUCUUCAAGAAGAACAUGUUCUUGGCCGAAGAUCGUAUCCUGUGUUUCGAAUUGGUCGCCAAAGCUGGAAGCAAAUGGCAUCUCUCCUACGUGAAGUCAUCCAAGGGUGAGACCGAUGUGCCAGAAGGUGCCCCAGAAUUCAUCGGCCAGCGUCGACGAUGGCUGAACGGAUCCUUCGCUGCUACUCUCUACUCGCUCAUGCACUUCGGCCGCAUGUACCGUUCUGGACACAACUUGCUGCGCAUGUUCUUCUUCCACGUUCAACUCAUCUACAACAUCGCGACUGUGACACUCUCCUGGUUCUCUUUGGCUUCUUACUACCUCACCACGAGUGUCAUCAUCGACCUUGUCGGAACCCCAGGCUCAAGCAACAAUCAGCGCGCUUUCCCAUUCGGCAACACCGUCACCCCCGUCCUCAACACCAUCGUGAAAUACAUCUACCUGGCCUUCCUCCUGCUGCAAUUCAUCCUCGCUCUGGGUAACCGGCCAAAGGGUAGCAAGUGGUCUUACAUUGUGUCGUUCACGGUCUACGCCAUCAUCCAGUUCUACAUCAUCGUCGACUCCUUCUACCUGGUUGUCCACGCCUUCACGAGUGGCGACGGCUUUGAUACCGACAGCGCUGGAGACUUCGUCAAAUCCUUCUUCUCCUCCACUGGGCCUGGUAUCGUCGUCAUCGCGCUCGCGGCCACCUUCGGUCUCUACUUCGUUGCUUCCUUCCUUUACCUGGACCCGUGGCACAUGUUCACCUCAUUCGGCCAGUACAUCCUGAUGAUGACCAGCUACAUCAACAUCCUCAUGGUCUAUGCAUUCAGUAACUGGCACGAUGUUUCUUGGGGUACCAAGGGUUCCGACAAGGCCGAUGCACUGCCCUCUGCGACGACUCAGAAGGGCGCUGACGGUAAAGCUACUGUUAUUGAGGAAGUCGACCUGCCACAGGCGGACAUCGACAGCCAGUUCGAGCAAACCGUGAAGCGCGCCCUCACUCCGUAUGUUGCUCCCAAGGAAGACACCAAGAAGACACUCGAGGAUUCGUACAAGUCUUUCCGUACUCGCCUCGUCACUUUCUGGAUCUUUUCGAACGCUCUUCUCGCAGUUGCCAUUACAUCGGACAGCUUCGACAAGUUCGGUUUCUCUACAGGUGCCACGGACAGGACUGCCAACUUCUUCAGAGCUUUGCUUUGGGCAACUGCUGCUCUGUCCUUCAUCCGCUUCAUCGGAUGCGUGUACUUUUUGUUCAAGAGCGGAUUGCUCUCAUGCUGCGCGAAGCGGUAG